UAUUAACUUUAACGAUGCUUAUUGCAUACCAAACUCUUCGAAUAUUUACCAUCUGUGUGACAGACAAAGCAAGCGUAAACCAGGAUCGCUUGAUCAUAUAUCCUGCAUAUUUUCCUUUUGAUAUUCGACCAACAUCAAGAUUGUUAAUAAUCAAUUCUGCUCAAGUGAUAGCUGGAUAUUCAGACACUCUUGCUUAUACUACGGUCGACACUUUCAUUGCCAUGUUGAUCAUGCAUAUUUGUGGACAAUUUGCGAUUUUAAAGAAGAAAUUAUUAAGGCUGAUGGACAGAGUAAAUGACAGACAGAGUAGAAGCAUAACUGAGUUUCAAAAGGAGCUGGCUUUGAUUAUCAACAAACACGAGCAACUGAACGGACUUGCGGCCAAGAUCGAAGAGUGCUACAGUAUGAUGUUGUUGCUCCAACUGUUGUUCUGCACCAUUGAACUCUGUCUCCAAGGAUUUAUACUUCUCAGUGUGAUACUUAAAAACGAAAAUGGAAUUUUAAACUUCCAAAUGGUUCACAUCGUUAUCUUCGUCAGCUUCAUCCUCGUGCACAUAUAUCUCUAUUGCUACAUAGGCGAAACGCUCCUCGUUCAAAAUCAAGAAUUGAGCGACUGCGCGUAUGAAUCGAAAUGGUACAAUGUUUCACCCCCUGAAGCCAAGUGUCUCCUACUCAUUAUGAACAGAUCCAUUCGGCCACUACGUUUGACAGCAGGCAAAUUUAGUACUUUUUCCAUGGAAAUGUUCAGUAGCAUUCUAAAAACAGCGAUGGGAUAUCUUUCAGUGUUAUUAACCGUUACAUAAUCUCUCUACUCAGAAUAGACAUAGGAACUUUCAUUUAGAAUAAAUACCCUGAGCUGUGCAAUUGGUCGUCUCGACGAAGUGUUACCACUGUUGAAGCACACACAUUGAUGUUACUGUUGAGUGUGUUGAACGUUUCUCACAAAUAUCUGUCUCGUCGUUUUUUCAUA